AUGGCUGAUGCGCUCAUUUCCAUGCUGCUGGAACGGUUGGCCUCGUCAACCUAUGAAUACAUAGAAGGAGAGCUGAAACAUGUUUUGAACGUUAAGGAAGAUGUUGAGAAAUUCACUCGGACUCUCCGAGUUAUUCAAUAUGUGCUUGAGGAUGCAGAGCAAAGGCAAGUGACGGAGGCCAGCGUGAGAGACUGGUUGGAUGAACUGAAAGAAAUAUCCUAUGAGAUGGUGGAUGUGCUGGAUGAGUGGAACACUGACAUUCUGAGACAACAAGUUGAGAAGCAAGAAAGAGAAGGUGAUCCAAAUGCUCUUGUUACAAAGAAGAAGGUACGUUUCUCUAGUUUCUCCCGUUGCUUUUGUUUUGACAACGUCAGUCGGGUGAUUCUUCCCCGUGACAUUGCUCUGAAAAUAAAAGAUCUGAAUGAUAAGUUAACUAAGAUUUAUGAGGAAAGAAAAAAGUACCAGUUUCUACGCAAAGAAUUAGGCAUUCAAGAACCUCAACAACCUCAACGACCUCAAACUGCAUCUUAUGUCAAUAUGUCUGAGAUAUUUGGUCGUGAAAAGGAACAUCAUAUUUUGAUUAGAAAGUUGUUGGGUGAUAGUAGUGAAGAAGAAAAGGGGCUCCUUCUCAUCCCUAUUGUAGGGAUGGGAGGCAUGGGAAAGACAACUCUGACCCAACUAGCCUAUAAUGAUGACCGAGUCAAAUCCCAUUUUGAUACGAGGAAAUGGGUUUGUGUUUCAGACCCUUUUGAUGAGAUUAAGAUUGCCAAAGCCAUUAGUGGCGAUUACGCCCCAAGUUCAAAUGAAUUGGAUGAGGUCUUGCAAUGUAUGUCUAGAUCCAUCCAGGGCAAAAGGUUUCUCCUUGUCUUGGAUGAUGUAUGGACCGAUGAUCCUAAAAAGUGGGAACAAUUAAAGGUACCAUUAAUCCAAAGUGGUGCUGAAGGCAGCAGAAUAUUGGUGACCACAAGAAAACUAGAGGUUGCUAAUAUGAUGAGAGCAACACCAAACAUGAUCAAUCUGGAAGGGUUGAGUGAUGAAUAUUGUUUGGCAAUCUUCAAUCAUAUGGCCUUUUCUGAUGGGGAUGUAGAUGUGGCAUUUGGAGAUUUAAGUGAGAAAAUUGUAAGGAAGUGUAAGGGUUUGCCUCUUGCUGCAAAGACUUUAGGUAGUCUCAUGCAGAAUAAGAGAAGAAUGAGAGAAUGGAAUGAUGUUUUGAAUAGUAAGAUAUGGGAUCUAGAGAAGGUCGAGCAAGAAGUUUUCCAACCCCUAUUCCUGAGUUAUUAUGAUUUGUCCCCAACAAUUAAAUGUUGCCUUUUAUAUUGUGCUACUUUUCCUAAAGAUUAUGACUUAGGACGAGAUGUUUUGAUUAAACUUUGGAUGGCACAAGGCUAUGUUAUUUCAAAAGGGAAUAAAGAAAAGGGAACAACGGGUGAUGCAGUUUUUGACAACUUAGUGGCCCGAUCAUUUUUCCAAGAUUUUGAGAAAGAUACGUAUACUGGUACAAUUACAUAUUGCAAAAUGCAUGAUAUUGUGCAUGACUUUGUGCAAUUUCUCACCAAGAAUGAGUGUUUGAUUAUGAAUCACGCAGAGUGUGCUACUAGUGAAUCAAAGUUAUUGGGUGAUAAGGUUCGUCAUUUGACCUUGAGAUAUGUUCCUGAAGGUCCACUUGCUAUCUCAUCCUACAAUUGGAAAAAAAUUCGCACGCUUGCAACUUUUAAUUCAAGAAUUACUACAAUAGACCAAAAUUUAAUUUUACAAUUGAAAUGUCUUUGGACAUUAAAUUUGAGUGGUAAUUCCAUCAAAGAACUCUCAGAGAAGAUUGGUGAAUUGAUACAUUUGAGGUAUAUUGAUUUGUCUGAAAAUGAUGAUUUGGAGAAAUUACCGGACGCUAUUUGUGGUUUGUACAAUUUGUCAACCUUGUGCCUUUUGAGGUGCCAUGGACUUAAAAAACUGCCUGAAAACAUGGGAAACUUGAUUAACUUAAAGCAUCUUUAUGUUGGGUGGUGUGAAGUUCUGGAGUCGCUGCCCAAAGGGAUAGGGAGAUUAACAAGUUUGCAAACACUAGAUGUGUGUCUGUGUGGUGGCGACAAUGAUGAAGCAUUCCAAAUUGGGGAUCUGAGAAAGUUGGACCUUAAGGAAAGUCUGGAAAUACACCUUGCAGGGGAUGCGACAGAUAAGAGCGAGGUUGAGAAAGCACAAUUGUGGGACAAAAAGGUAUUUAAUCUCACCGUUAGUUUUAAAAGGCAGACGAACAGUAGUAGUAGUGUAGAAAUACUGAAUGCCUUACGACCGCACCCAGAUUUGGAAUCUUUAGGGAUUUGGUAUCAUAAUGGCACCACGUGGCCCAAUUGGAUGCAGUCUUUACACAAUUUGAGAUUCCUUCGUGUUUGUGAGGGGACACAGUGUGAACUUUGGCCUCUCGGGAAAUUGGAGUGCCUUGAAAUACUGAGCCUAUACGAGAUGAACGGAGUGAGAAAGGUCGGUGUUGAAUUUUUGGGAUUAGAAGAUCAAACCUCAUUCAGAACCAGAUCGCCCCAAGUAUUAUUCCCAAAAUUGAAACAACUCGACUUUCACCACAUGUCGAAUUGGGAAGAGUGGGAAGGCGUGGAAGAGUGGACGAAAGAGGAUUCUGAAAUUAUAAUCAUGCCAUGCCUUUCUAAGUUAACAAUUCACUACUGCGGAUUGCUAAAAGCACUGCCAGACUUUCUCUUCAAACCACCACUGCAGACUCUUUCCAUCCAUAGAUCUGACAGACUUAUAGAGCGUUACAAAGAAGGCAAUUGAGAGUGGGCCAAGAUUUCUGCUACGAUCCCAAACAUCCACAUUUUCAGGGACUCUAUGGAAGCAGCGAACGGAGUGGUGUAAACCAUCAAAGUCAGCCUACGGAAGUUCCAAUAACUGAAAUUUUGAUAAUUUUCAUCAAAAGUCAGCCUUGAGAACUUGACAGAGACAUGAUGAAUUUCGAAGGUCUACUGAGCUUUUGAUUUACAAACAUACCUUAUUUUUGUUUACUAAGCAGAAACUUUGUGAACACCGACUGUAUAUAUAACUAAUCUACUGGUGUACCGUGUAUUCGUAAAAUGUACUAUGAGGAACUGAUGAAUUUGGGUUUGCAAUUUACCUUGGCUUUCUCUUGGUUUAUUGUAUAUCAGUUCCCAAUUUAUUCUGGACCAUUGGAUCAAAUAAUUCAAAUCUAACCGUCCAACAA